AUGAAGGCUGCGCGGCCCCGCACCCCCGAGACGCGCUCCGGCGCCAUUUACAUCACCACCAAGCAAGGGUGGAUCCAGGCAAAUCAGUACGGCUCCAUCUCUAAUCCUGACCCGAACCCUGUGGCCCAGGAUGAACCCUUAUCCACGUACUUUGAAGACACAGUGGCCAUUCCUGAAAAUAUUAAUCAGGUAUUCAGUUUCCGCAAACUCUGGGCAUUCACUGGACCUGGGUUUUUGAUGAGCAUUGCCUACUUGGAUCCAGGGAACAUCGAGUCUGACCUGCAGUGUGGAGCGAUAGCUGGCUUUAAGCUCAUAUGGGUGCUCCUUGUAGCCACCGUCAUUGGGCUGUUGAUGCAGAGGUUAGCUGCACGCCUCGGUGUCGUCACUGGCAUGCACCUGGCUGAAGUGUGCAACCGGCAAUAUUCCAGAGUUCCUCGGUUCAUGCUUUGGUUGAUGGUGGAAGUGGCAAUUAUUGGCUCAGACAUGCAGGAGGUCAUUGGCAGUGCCAUAGCUCUCAACCUUCUUUCUGCGGGCAGGAUUCCACUGUGGGCAGGCGUCCUCAUCACCAUCGUAGACACAUUUACAUUUUUAUUUUGUGACAAAUUUGGCCUGAGGAAACUUGAAGCUUUUUUUGGCUUUCUCAUCACUGUAAUGGCUCUUAGCUUUGGUUUUGAGUAUGUGCUGGUAAAGCCAGAUCAAGGGGAAUUGCUGAAGGGCAUGUUCUUUCCUUACUGUGCCGGCUGUGGGCGUGCGCAACUGGAGCAGGCAGUGGGGAUCAUAGGCGCUGUCAUAAUGCCACACAACAUCUACUUGCACUCAGCGCUGGUCAAGUCUCGUGAAAUCGAUCGCAAUAAAAGGGAGGAAGUGAAGGAAGCCAACAAGUACUUCUUCAUCGAGUCAGCUAUUGCUCUCUUCAUCUCAUUCAUCAUCAACGUCUUUGUUGUAGCUGUCUUUGCUCAGGCCUUCUAUAAUAAAACCAAUAUGGAAGUGAAUGCAAUGUGCAACGCAACCGGAAGUCCUCACACAAAUCUCUUCCCCCUCAACAACAACACACUAGAGGUGGACAUCUACAAAGGGGGAGUGGUCCUGGAAUGUUUCUUUGGUCCUGCAGCCCUCUACAUCUGGGCAAUAGGAAUAUUGGCAGCUGGACAAAGUUCCACAAUGACAGGCACUUACUCUGGGCAGUUUGUUAUGGAGGGUUUCUGUAACCUACAGUGUUCUCGUUUUAAACGAAUACUGCUGACCCGCUCCAUAGCCAUCGUGCCUACUCUGUCUGUAGCCUUUUCAAAGGAUGUUCAGCAUCUGACGUGGAUGAACGACAUCCUGAAUGUGCUUCAAAGCGUGCAGCUACCAUUUGCUUUGAUUCCAAUCUUGACCUUCACCAGUCUGACAUCCAUUAUGAAUGAAUUUGCAAACGGACUGGUGUGUAAGAUUUUCGGAGUCAUCGUCACCCUGGCAGUUUGUGCAAUCAACAUCUACUUUUUUGUGGUUUACAUCAUGUCGCUGAACAGUGUGGUGGUCUAUGUAUUCGCUGGUCUUGGCUCUUUAGCCUAUCUGUGCUUUGUAGUCUACCUGGUAUGGCACAGCUUGAUUGCUUUGGGGGUUUCCUGCCUGGACAGGGUAACCAGUCGACCGACUGUGUUGAUAGAGGAGCAGUCUGAGCACGACUCCUAGAGCUGAACAGGACGGUUAACCACAAGCAUUCUUCUUUCCGGACUUAGACACUUAUCUAGAUACACACAGUGACAUUUAAUAGAUUUCAUAGAUGCUUGAAAAGCCUUCAAAGAAAAAAAAGCAACAGCUGUAAUGUAUUUUCAAUGUUUUUUUUACUGUUGUUUUCAUCAAAGGAACAGUAUGCAUUGAGCAGUGAGGUUGCAGAAUGCAAUUGACUGAAUACCUCUCAUCUCGCCCUCCACUUCCAGGCAUGUAGGAUAAUCUACAGUCGCCACAAAAAACGAGAAAGGCCCCCUCAAGCCAGUGUUUAGUUUGUGGGUUCUGAGCUAUUGUACAAACACAGCAUUGCAACAUGUAAAUAUAUUUGUCUCAUUCCAAGAUAUACACAACAAUUCCUAUUAUCAGGUAAUACACUAAUAAAAACACAACUAUGAAUAUAAUACACAAUU